AUGAUGUUGGAACGGAACGUGAUAAAGUAGCGAAACCGAAAAAGGCAAUAAAACUAUGCUCGAGUGACGUCGUGAACGUCCAUCUGCUCCACUAUGCCAGGGGAUUCGCUGAUGCUACGCACACCUCUGCUCCUUGGUGUAACAUCCACCUGCUCCACCAUGUCAGGGGAUUCACUGAUGUUACGCGCACCUCUUCUCCUUGGUCAAUCUCUGGGCUCUCUGGCAAUUUGGGUAGCGGGAAUUCUGGUAUCGGGAAUUUCGGGACUGGAAAUCCCAAUCGGUAGCGGGAAUUCUGCUAUUGGGAAUUCUGGCAUCGGGGGUGUGAAUUCUGGGACCAUCUCUGGAGUUCUCGAAAUUCUGGGAGUCUCUAGUAAUUCUGUCGGGACUAGGAGUUAUGGAAACGCUGACGGGACUAGGAGUUCUGGGAGCCUCUCUGGUAAUUUCGUCGGGACUGGAAGUUCUGGAAAUGCUGACGGGACUAGGAGUUCUGGGAGCCUCCUCUCUGGUAAUUUCGUCGGGAUUGGAAGUCCUGGAAACGCUGACGGGACUGGGAGUUCUGGGAGUUCUGGGAGCCUCUCUGGUAAUUCCGUCGGGACUGUGAGUUCUGGAAAUGCUGGCGGGACUAAGAGUUCUGGGAGCUCUGGGAGCCUCUAUGGUGGAAGUUCGGGAAAUGUUGACAGGACUAAGAGUUCUGGGAGUUCUGGGAGCCUCUCUGGUAAUUCUGCUAGGAGUGGGAGUUCUGUAUCUGUGACUGGGGGCUCUGUGUGGAAAUCUGCGAGGAUCAGGAGCCCACUCUCUCAUACUAGUUCUCUCGGGACUAUUAUUCCUUGUGGGAGCCUCUCUGGUAAUCCUGUCGCGAUGGGGACCACUGUAAUGGGAUCUGCCGAUGCUACGCGCACCUCUUCUCCUUGGUGUAUGAAUGUUUCCCAGAAGUUCGGGUUGAAGCUUGACCCUUUGUAUCGCAUCGAUGCUAUAAGAUCGCACCACCUCAACAAUUCUAUCCCGAUCCACGCGAUCCAGGAUGGUCAAUUGCCUAUCACAAGCCUGAAUCCAAGCACGAGCCUCUCCUCUCAAUGGGGAGGCAAGGUAGGAAGAGACCGCGAGCUUGAUGGCCCUAUAAUGGACGGUGUAGGACAUGAAGUGCUGAAUCACUGGCGCGUGGCUGAAGAAGUGUCGACGUCCAUUGUUAUUGUCAACCAGAAACUGGGACAGACUUCUCUUGCCAACCCUGACGCUGCGUAA